AUGUUCGGUAGCAGCAGCAGCGGCAGCGAGUCAACUCUCUCCGCCGGCGGCCGCUCGGGCGGCGACGGCGCAGUCGAGGCGCAGCAGCUCGUGAAGCUCCUUCUCAUUCAGGCCUUGAACCAGCAAGUUCACAAGACGUGCUUCAAGAAGUGCUUUUCGUCGAACAAGUUCUACAGCGAACUUUCCAAGAGCGACCAUGUCUGCCUCGCCAAAUGCAUGGAUCGCAUGUAUGAAGCGAACGAGAUCGUGCACCAGGCGACCGCGGAGAUGCGCCAGAACUUCCCCUCUUCGAGCUCCGGUCUGUAA